UAGGUGGCGUAAAGGUCUGUCUCCAAGGAGAUAACAGAAACGACGACGGACGAUAACACUCGACUGCAAAGUCUGAGCUGUACUUCUAUUAGACAUUUUAUAAAAUCUCUUUUAAGCUAUCGAAAACAAAAAAACAUAUACAAUGAGUUAUACGUAAAUCGCCGAAAUUUUUAUAUCAUUUUCGUUUUUAAUGAAGAAUGUUCGUUUGGAUACAUCUUACGAUUCGAAGAUCUGUCGAUGGAUGCUUCUGUCAGGAACCGAUUUGUGCAGCCAGCAUGCAACACCAAUUGCAGUAAAAAAAUUCUACAUGAAAAUUUCCUAUAAUGAAACUCUCCAAAGGGCAAUCCUACAUAAAAAGAAGUAAUGAGAAAACAGAAAAUGAAAAUGUAUAUUCAGAAGCUGGUAGUCAUUCAGAUCGUCCUAAUCCUAGAACUAUAUUAUUACAGAGAAAUGAUGAUGAAUUUGGAUUUACAUUACGACAUUUUAUUGUAUACCCUCCUGCAAACUUACAGGUUUCCCAGUCUAAAGGUCAAGUAGGUGCAGAAGCUCCAUGGCAGAAAGAUAAAAUAGAACCAAUGGACACAAUAUUUGUCAGAGAAGUUAAAGAAGGUAGCCCAGCUCAUAAAGCAGGAUUAGUUACAGGUGACAGAAUUAUUACUAUAAAUGGAGAACCUUUAGCUGGAAAAACAUAUUCAGAAGUAAUUGAUCUUAUAUACAAAAGUGGAAAUUCAUUACAAAUGUUAGUUGUUCCAAAAGAAGAUGAUAUUUUGCAAGUGUAUUUUGCAAGUUCAGCAUAUCAGCCAGUAGAACGAGAACCAACAUCAUCAACACAUCCUCAGUUACAUUUUACACCUUGGAGUUCUUUAAAUGAUCAAAAAAUUAGUGAAUUACAAACAUCAAAUGAUGAUAGUGUGCAAAAUAAAAAUCAUUUGGAAAAGGAUGAGAAAGUUUCUUCAAAUAAACAAAGUGAAGUAACUGAAAUACAUCAAAAGUCCUCAGAAUUUCCAGUAGCUGAGAAAAGUAGUGAUAAUUGGGAUGUGCAAGAAGAUCUUUCUAAAUUACAGUUGAAAGAUGUUUUAUGUUGUAGAGAAAGUGUUUCUUUGCCAGAUACUUCUAGAGAACAAGCAAAAAAAUAUGUAUUUGAUGAAACUGCAUCUAGUUGGGAAGGAUCAUGUAAAUCAGUUGACAUUGGUGGAAGUCAUACAACAUUAUCAAGUUAUUCAUCUGCUAGACCACAUAGAUUCCACGAUACUCUUUCAAAAUUACUCUAUGAUAUGUGGUAUCAUCCUGAUACAAGGCAAGAUACUUCUCUUAAUUUAGAUAAUUCUUUUGAUUCUCAUAAACAUUAUUCAAGUGAUUUAGGAGAUAGUGAUGAGAAACAAGAUCAUAAAUCAGGAGGAAUUGCUACUUUAAUUUCAAGAACAAUGAAAGCAUUGGUAGCACAUCCUUCAGAUUUUAAAUUAUUUUCCUCAGAAACUCAGUCAUCUUUAAAUCCAAGAAAGGCUAAUAGUGAUUCUAAAGUUAAUAUUGUAUCAUCUAAUGGUAGCUCAGAAAAACUUUUACCAACUACUAGUUCAGAAACAUUACAUAACUCUCAUAGUUCAAUUUAUGCUGGACAUAAAACUAUAAAAGGAAAAUACCAAAAAGUGAAACCUCAUAUUCAUCAUAAAAUGAUAAAAGUCAACAAUCAUUCAUUUGACAGUAUUGAUUCAUUAGAUAAGAAUAAAUCCUCAGGAAACUGUACAGAUAAUGAUCAAAUUUCUUCUUUACAUUUAGUAGCGCAGCGUCUUCAUUUAUUUGAAUCUGGACAAUUAGUAGAAAAAUCAAUGGAACGUACUAAAUUUUAUCAAAGUGAACUAGCUCGUAUGAGUGAACAAAGCCAAACACCUAUUGUUUCAGUUAGAACUGCUCAGUUUGAACAUUUUUCUCCGACUUAUAAAUAUAGUGAUAGCAAGUUUUUAUCGUCAUCAUCAUCAAAAGAAAAACAUAUCAACAAUAUAGAGCAGCAACCUGCAUCUCUUCCUAAUCUUUCUACAACAGAAAAUAAAAUUGUUGUGCCAGCAGUUGCAUCUGUUUCUGUUAAUACUACAACUGUUACUACUACUAAUGUAACAUCUCCUACUGCAUCGUCAGGAGUUGUAUAUAGAAGAAAAACAAUUCCAUCUGGAGAUAGAGAUGAUCAUCAUAUCGUACGUCGCAUAUCUUAUUUACGUGCAACUGCAAGAGAUCGUAUACAUAUUGACUCUGAUUUUAGUGAUGAUGAAGGAGUAACAGAGAGCUCUGGAACACCAACUGAACAAAGAAUCAAAAAAUUAAAAGCAUUCUUUGGAGAAAAGACACCAAAAAUUAAGCAAGCUAUUGAUCCUGCAGUAAGUUCUGAAGAAAAAGAUGAUGAUCCUUUUGUUCAUCAAGGCUGGUUCAUAUGUAAAAUUGUAAAUUUAGAAGGAAAAGUAUGUUUUACUUUAUAUACAUUACAGAUGUCAUUUGAUGAUGACGAUCAAAUUAUUGAUUUAAAAUCAUCAAGUGUUAGUAUUGCACACGACUACACGAAACGAAAACAUGUAUUACGUCUUCAACUUCAAAAUAAAACUGAAUAUCUCUUCCAAGCUGAAAAUCAUUCUUCAAUGAUAAAGUGGUUGAAUGUCCUACAAACUUAUUGUUUGGAAAAUGAUAAGAAACCAAAAUGGAACACACAUUCAUCUGUAUUAGAAAAAGCAGCAGCAUAUGAACAGCAAAUUCAAAAUAAUAAAGGCAGAAUAUCGCCGUUAACUUUAUCCAAAGCUGGGAAAAAAAUGCCUUUCCGACACAGAUCACCAUCAGGUCAUUCUCCUGCAAUUAAAACAAGAAGAGCUUCACAUGGUGAUGAACUUGCUCUUCCGAAAUUUGGCAUGAUAUGGCGUGACAGAGUUUCACAAGGAUGGAAAAAAGUUCACAGCACAUCUUCUAUCCCUCCAAAAGGAAGUAGUUUUGGAGUAAAAUUGGAAGAUUGCCCUACAAGUGAAAGUAAUGAACAUGUUCCAUGGCUAAUAGAAACAUGUAUCAAUAUAGUGAAUUCAAGAGGGCUCGACGUAGUUGGCAUCUACAGGAUACCCGGAAAUAACGCUGCAGUCAGUAUGUUGAUGGAUACGGUCAAUCAAGGAAUCGACAAGGUUAAUCUCGAAGAUUACAGAUGGAAGGAUGUCAAUGUUGUGUCUAGUUUAUUGAAAGCAUUUUUUCGUAAACUUCCGGAACCACUUCUUACGUCUCAUCUUUAUCCUAAAUUUAUUGCCGCUAGUAAGAUAGAAGAUCCCUUAAAAAAAUUAACGACACUUAAAACUUUGGCAUCACAACUUCCUCCUCCUCAUUUAGAAACUCUAAAGCUGCUUAUGAAGCAUCUGCAAACAAUUGUCAGUCAUUCGAAUGUCAAUAAAAUGGAGGCAAGAAAUUUAGCCAUCGUGUUUGGACCAACAUUAGUGAGAUCUGCCGAAAGCAGUAUGUUAACAAUGGUUACAGACAUGUCUUAUCAGUGUUACAUUAUUGAAACUAUGAUUACUUAUGCAGACUGGCUGUUUGGAGAGAAAUCUUUGGAGAAACUUCCCAGUGAUUUGAAACUAAAUGCUAAAAGUCAACCGCCCGUUAUACUUCACAAUGUCCUUUUAAACAAUAUUCAUAAAAUCGAUGGGACUCAAUCAGCAGAAUCCAUUGAAGAGCCUCCAAUAAGUUCAUCCAUUAAUCAAAUAAAACCAAAGACUAAAGAUAGUACUGAAAAACAAUUCCGAGAACAAUUACAAAUGAAUGGUGAUACAAAAAAUGAUGUAAAACAUAACGAAACAGAUAACGAAGAAUCGUCCGUCGGUAGUUAUAAUAGUUGUUCAAGCUUAUCGUAUGCUGCUUUGUGUUUUAAACAUAAACCGGUUACAACCAGUACUAAAAAUAAUGUACAUUCUUCCAAUGUUAAACAUCGUGCAAGUAGGGACUGGCCUUUGUCUUCCUUUGAACAACAUAUUUCUCCAGAAAGAAAAGAAGAAAAUUUAAGUGAUGAAGUAGUCCAUAGUUAUGAUGAAUUAAGUGCUAUUACUCAAGAAAGGAUACGGAAUUUUGAAAUGGAAACCAGGGCACUGCUACAGAGAGACACUCAGUGGCCAAAACAGUCAUUAUCUAGCAAUAAAGUAGAAUGGGAACAAAUUGAAAAAGAAUGGCAAAAAGCAAAAAUAGAAAUGGAACAAGAUGAUAUCUUUGAUCACUUGGCUGAUGAUCCAUCAAAUUUCAUCACGAUAUUAAAUGGAAACGAAGACUGUGAAGAGUUUCUAGAUAAAAAUUAUACUCAAGAUUUAGAAAAAAUCAGAAUAAAUUUAGACAAAAGAUUACAAUUAGAUGGCAAAAAUAAAACUUCCUCCAGUAAAUUAUUUAGUGAAUCCGAUAAUUGCUCCCAAUCGGAUCAAAAAAGAGCGGGACGUGAAGAAAUGUCUUCUGAAGACGACUCUUCCUUUCCUAACAGAUUGGAAAACACAGACUCUAGUAAUGGGCAAAAAUUGCCAGAGUGUAAAAAAUCAAAUUCGUCAAACGAAAAAACUGGUGUUACUUGUGAUCGGCAGAGCGUGGCUCUACCAACGACCAUGGUUUGUCCAACAGGGUAUAACACUUUAGCAAACCAUUUAAACACUUGCCAAGAAGAUUUAAACCAUCAAUGGAAUGCCAGUAAACAACAUUAUGAAAAUGUAGUGAUUACAGCAACCAUUUCACCCUCUAAACAAACAGUUAGCACAACAACCAUACCUGUGAUCAGAGCGACAGUGAUUACUUCCAAUCAGUCUUCGGAGCAGAACCAUCAAACAGACUGGAAUCCGUCUACGGAUUUAAAAUCCAAAAACACAUUGCAAGCGCAGAGUCUUCUCCAACGCAGACACACAAUAGCCGGUCCUAAAAUUGUUAGUCAGUUUUCCUGCCUAAACCAUCCGGAAAUGGUUAGGUCUCAAGAGGACGUCGUGCAUCACAGCUGAUGUAAUAUUAGAUGAAGUUGUGUAUAGUGUAUGCUUGGUUCCUUAGCACAUCUGGAAGAAUCUUAUUUAAUAAAUUGUUAACUAACGAAUCUGCAGUGAAAUAAAUUUCUCUUGUAAAUUUGCUCGAAAUUAACGAAGACAGAAUAUUUUCCCUUAAUUUAAAUGUAAGUUUGAUUACGACUUUCUAAUGUAUCCAUUUUUUAUUUUUUAUUCUUUUUCAAAAUUGUUGUAAUUUAAUAUAUUGUUAGCAUAAAAAAAAAGAAAAAAAUUAUUCAUAUUACAAACGUAUUUCAAUGUUUAUAAAUUAUACUAAAUUAAUAUUACCUAAAUUUUUCAAACAGACAUGCAAAAAAUAUCUCUAAUGUAUGUUGUUAUUAUAAUAUAGGAAUUACUAUACUUAUCAGAAAUUUAAUGUGCAGUGCUCGCUACUGUUAGAAGCUGGAAACAUUAGAGUAGAUUGGACUUGUUAUAAUACUACUUAACAUUUCUGAACAAAUCAAGGCACAAAUGAUUUGCAUCAAAAAAAAAAAUAAUAAUAAUAAACUGCCAAAAAAAUUGUCACAAAUUUUCUACUUAGUCUAUUUUCCAAGAUGCAGUUAUUAAACCCAAUAUCAUUGUUGAUAAUGAUAUUUUUUUUAAUGCUACGCUAAUUAAAACAUAUCAAUUCUAAGCAGCAGUUAGAUAUAUUCUAGCAAGCUUGAAAUUCAAAUCUAUCUGAAGUGAAACUAAAAAUAAAUAAGUUUAUGCUUGCAUCGAAUGCUGAAAAAAUGAGCAUUUUGUUAAUUCGGAUGAUUUUAUUGUAAAACAAUUUAUUGAUAAAUACAAAAUUAGAAUUAUACUGAAUAAUUUUAGAAAUUUUGUGUGAAUU